CAUAAAAAACUUUCGAAUUUCCUUUCGCAAGUUGUGGCUGUUUAAUAACCAUACCUGACGAUGCAUUGAUAAUUCAGUUUGACGAUUAAUUCCAGAUUGAAAUAAACAUUUGCAUGAAAGAUCAAUUUUUCACAAUGUGUUCAAUCAGUACCCUGUUCACUGUAUUUGUAUCAAUUUAUCCAUUUUUUUUACAACUAUCCAAUGCGGACAUGUCAAAGCAUGAAAAGCAGACAGCAAUGUCAUCAAGAGAUAUUAAGCCACCAGAGUGGAUGUAUCCAAAGAUGCCAAUGUCAGAGCCAUCAGAGUCAAAGCCUUCAAGUUUGGAUGCAUACUUGGAAUUUAACCCAAGUUCACAAUUCAGAAAAGAUUGCGCAUGGUCAUACAAUGUGAAUUCCAACAAUCAAGAGUGCUUGCGAUUUUGCGGAUAUGUGAAAAUUGGAAUGAUGGAUAGUGUCGCAAAUCUGAGGUCGAGCUAUGUACGGAAUAAAAUUAAACUAAUUCAUGACGUUCGAAGAAUAAAUGAAAAAGCAGUUUAUAAUGGAAUUAUGAGAUGUGCAUCUAGAGGGUAUUAUGACCUUUGCUCAAAGGCGAUGAGAAAUGCGAAUUGCCUUUUCGAAUAUAUCAACAGCGACUGGGUCGAUAUCGAUUUAAUACGGGUCAUGGGGCCAGGCACUAGCGGCGGUGGCAGUGGCUCCAAUUAUGAUGGCUUUCCAUGGUAAUCAUGCUAAAAAACAUUACGAUUUUCAAUUCGAGAUUCUAUGCGGAGUGGACGGUGAAUUUCACCAAUAAAUUUCAAUUCUAUUGUAUCCUAAUAAUAUUAAAAUCGCAUAAAAUGGAAAUAAAAAUAUGUAUGUACCUA